AGUUUUAUUAACAUUAUAUGUGUGCGAAUUACAUUUAUACGUCUUUUGCGGAUAAUAAGAAUAUUUUUCGUCGGUGUUUGGCGUCUUUUGGAGUAUUUUCACAAGGUUGUUAGCCGAUUAGCUCUUUAAAAAUGGCUGAUCCAUGGAAUCGAGGACAUGGAGCUGUGGAUGACAUGCUGGAUGCUGAAAAUAAGCGGAUGGCGGAAAAUCUGGCCAGUAAAGUCUCGAGACUAAAGUCUCUAGCAUACGACAUUGACAAAGAUGCGGAAGAACAGAAUGCCUAUUUGGAUGGGAUGGACUCCAACUUUCUCAGCGCAACUGGUUUGUUGACUGGAAGCGUGAAGAGGUUUUCCACAAUGGUCCGAUCGGGUCGAGACAACAGAAAGAUCCUGUGUUACGUGUCCGUGGGUCUGGUUGUGGCCUUCUUCCUGCUUUAUUAUCUGGUGUCCCGGAUGCAGAACUGAUGGGUGGUUUUGGUUGCUCAUGUUUUAAGCUGGUUUCUCAGUUCUAUGAGAGUUUAUGGGGAUUGUCUCUGUUAUUUGGGGAUUUCAGAGAAGCGCACAGGUUAUGCUUUUUCAUCAUUAUUAAGUGAAAACAGAUGCAGUUUGAGAAUGGUUGAUCACAUGUAACUCCAAGCUCUUUGUUUACAUGUUCAAAAUUAAGUCUAUUCAGUGUGUAUUUUUAUUCAUGCUUCAAUCAAAGAAAAACACCAUGGACCAAUAUUAGAUUGAUUAAAAGCUUACUUUUCUCAUUUCCAUGAGCUCUAUUUUUAUCACUGUAAAAUAUGUAAGAAAAUGCAACUAAUUUUUGAUAAUUAUGUACAUUAAAAAUGUUAUUGCGAAUGCUU